GACUGCUUGAACUUUCUCUUCAUGGGGGCCAGCACGGCCCUCAUCGGCCAUGGUGCGCUCUCCAGGCCUGGUGAUAUGCCCGGCGGGGAGAUCCGGCUUCACCCCUUUCUGAUGGGCCUGGCAUUUGCGUUGAUGAUCAGCCUGGGGUUUUGGAUGUACAACUACGAGGAUCUGCCAGGGGAGUGGAUCGACACCCGUGAGUCGAGAAGGAAAAUUCAUGCCUUCUGUCAGGCUACCGGUGCAUCCUUGGCCUUGGCCGGCUACGUUGUAAACUACCAGGCCCACACGAACUCUGGGGAAGCCCUCUUCGCUGUCUCGAGUUUCUCCGACGGCUUGGUGUGGCUGCGCCUGGCUCACAUCUACAUAGGCUACGCGUGCUUGGGCGGGCUGGCAAUUCAGGUAUUCAUCGGCAUCCUCAAGUACAGAAUUCUUGUUGACGACAAUGACGACAACGAUGGCCAGUGGUCAAUCCACGAAGCGGUCGGCAACCUUGCUCCUUGGUCCAUAGUGAAGGGGUCAGGGCUAAAUCUGUCUAUCGAGGUGUUCAGAUUUGGCGCCUUUGCUUCCUCUUCCGUGGGACCCAUAUCUUGGGGCCAAUUUUGUUUUAUCGGGGUUUAA